UCACGACACUUUUUUGCACGAAUCGAUUACUGUGAAAGUUUAUCAUGUUGCCACCAGCGACAAAAAAUUCAGAAUUUUUUAUAACAAAACCUGAUUAUUUGAAAUUUGCUAAAAAAUACGACUACAGUUUAUUGUAGUCUAAACUAUGAACUAUGCCUGUCUAUGAAGAACGUCCAUUUUGGCGAACCCGUUACGCGGACUCGAUCACCACGCUUCUAAACCAAAUCCCAGUAUCAUUCCAAAAAGUGAAAGACUUUUGCCAGAAACCAGAAAAUCUGGACUACGUGAAAGGAUUUGUGGAUGCAUAUCGCGCCAAAUACAUAACAGAAUGCAACCGAGGGGAAAAAACAGGCACCCAAACUUUAGAAGACACAGAGGAAGCUCUGAGAGCAACACACACGCUUUCACCUGGAGGACGUAAUGCGAAAAAGACGCAAAACUUGUCAAACGCUAUUGCUUUCAUUUUCCACGAUUCGCUCAUCGUGGAAGACCUCCACCACGAAUUCACUCCAAAGCUGGCCCGAGAAAUAAAUAAAUUAAUAGGAGAGGGGUUGUUCCAAGCUGCUGGUUCGUACCGAAAAAAAGAGGCAAAACCAGCAGGAUAUGACCACUUGUAUGUGACACCGGGUCUAAUUGGAGAAGAAAUGAAUAAAUUGUUUGAAGAAACUGGGAAAAGAUUGUCGGAGGGUAAUUACGAGUGGUUCCAAGUGGCUUCCGAUUUUCUUGCUAGGUUUUUAUUUAUACAUCCGUUUCCUAAUGGUAAUGGGAGAACGGCGAGAGUUUUAGUUUCUGUGUUACUCAUAAAGUACACUCUAGUGCCUGUGUCUUUGUUUAAUGUAACGUCUAGUGACUAUACGCGAGAUCAGUCAAACGAGGUAUAUUUAAAAGUAUUAUACGAAGCGCAAAUCCUCGAUAAUUUCCAUCUUUUGAAUUCGUUAAUUAUUGAGAGUACUUAUUUAAGUUUGGAGUCGUUUUUGAUCCACUUAGAUGUGGAUUGAAAAAUAUUUUUAUUGUGAUAAUUAUUUAUUACGAAGAAAAAAUUUUUAAAUCGCAACCUUGGCUUUUCUUUCUGGUCAAUUUAUAGACACACAUUUCAAGUGAAACUUAUUCAUCAUUUUUGUUCAAUAGAGUGGAAAUAGUGAGUGACGUGUUAGUGAUUUUUUGUGAGGUUGGCAACAUAUUUAAAAUUUUAUGACAGUCGCCAAUAAUUCAGAAUUGCCAACCCAAAAAUCUGCUCCAAUUUAUCAAUAGUCACCCAACGUUCCUUCGUUUUAUCCUUGUUUUUUAACCAAAAGUGGAAUCCAUGAUACUAAACCAAGGUACCACCAGUUACAACAUUUAGUUUACAAAAUUCCUCAUUUGUGUGUUGUGGUUAAAACUCGUAAAUGUUUACAAUAAAGUCCAAUUUAAGAAUGA